AUGGUGCAUCAAACUGAAGAAGGACAUUCAAAUGUUGAGAAAUAUAACAAAAUUCUUAAGCGCCUCGAUAAAUUUGGAAAAAUUGUUGGUUUGGACAUCCUGUUCAGGGAUGAAAAUACUCCGGCUAAUUUCCUCUUGAAAUUCGCAAUAACCGACACUACACUCUAUGUAGCCUUGAUCAUCUACUCCACUUACCUCUUUUACGGGGAUUUCCUCAAAUCCGCAUUUUGUUGGACAACUUUUGGCCUUGCUUUUGACUCCGUCAUGAAGUUCUACGUUUUCAUAUUCUACAGGAGAGAUUUGUACAAAGUAAUGCAGGAUAUGCGAGAAUUAUUCCAACGACAUGAACAUGAUGCCGAAGCCAGUGCUAAGCUAGGAAGGAUGCUCAUAUAUGCUUCUUUAGCAUCUUAUGCUACAUUCUUCUGCUUUGCCAAUACAUGCUUGACGCUCAAUAGUCUGGCGUUGAUGGAAACUAUGCGAACUGGAGUCAAGACGCUCGUUUUUGGUUUUUACCUCCCAUGGUGGGAUCAUAUGACAAAUUUUGGCUAUGCUAUCAAUAUGCUCUAUCAAAAUCUUCAAAUGGUCCUUGUUGUCUUUCAUUCGUCACAAGGAGAUGGCUUCUAUCUGUGUCACAUGAUCCUAGCCUGUGCUCGUCUAGCAGCGCUUGGGCAUCAAAUUGAUCUACUCGAUCGCUACCUUGUUGCACCUAAUCGUGAAACAUUAUCACCAAGGGAAGAUGAAGAGAAUAUCGAUCGUCAACUUAAAGAUAUUCUUGAUCAACAUCUGAUCCACAUUCAGUAUAUGCAUCGUAUGGAAAAACUCUACUCAACCUAUUCCUUCCUUCUCGUCACUUCUUGCAUGCUUGUAGUCGUCAUUAACAUUUUCGUUCUUAUUUCAACACUCUGGCUCGCAGGGAUCUUCUUGGGUAUUGCCUGCCUAUUCAAGAUAAUGGCUUUCUGUGUUCUCGGCUCCGUAGUGAGUGUUCAAGAUGAGAAAAUUGUAGAAAAAUUGUACAACAUGCGGUGGUAUUUGAUGCCAAAAGACAAGCAGAAAGCUGUGCUUAUGCUUUUGCGGAGUGCUCAGAAUCCCGUUGAACCGACAAUGAUGAAAUUCAAGCCUCUCAAUUUGAAUACUUUUCUCAAUUGCCUCAAUAUGAUCUAUUCCAUCAGUGCUAUGCUCUUUACUAUGACUGGAAAACACUCAGAAUCUAUGAAAACCUAA